GAGUUCCUGCCACUCAGCUGCACAUCCAGCCGAGCCGUCCUCCGUCAGAAGCUGCCGGAGGAGUCGCCGUUCAUGACUCACCGCCCGGGACCUGCACAUUAUUUCCACAAAUAGAUUCCUGCCUGGUGCGAGCGUCGUUUCUCUUCAGCUCGCAGAGUUCAGUUCCCGUGGCUCUUGUGGAGAGAAGUCGUGACAGACUCCAUAGUUUAGCCGAAUACCUGCUCUUCUUCUUCUUCCUCGAUCGGAGAUGCCUGAGGACGUCGGGACCGCCAAGCCCGGAGGCGUCAUAGCCUACAUUUCCUCAGGCUCUGCCUCCACCCCAGAGUCCUGUAUGAGCAGCAGCCCCAGUGGCGGCUACCUGUCGACUACACCGGCUGUGUCUCGCCCCUCGCUGCCCAGCAGGGCUGUCGGCAUGGUGGUGGACAUCGCUCCACCAGCCAAAGGCGGCCACUCGCGCAGCCACGGCACGGAGAAGGCCGGCCGAUCCUCCACAUCCGCCAAGAGCAGCAUCACGAAAAUCAACGGCAUGGUGCUGUUGUGCAAGGUAUGCGGUGACGUGGCCUCGGGCUUCCAUUACGGCGUCCACGCUUGUGAGGGCUGCAAGGGCUUCUUCAGGAGGAGCAUCCAGCAAAACAUCCAGUACAAGAAGUGUCUUAAGAUGGAGAACUGCACCAUCAUGAGGAUGAACAGAAACCGCUGUCAGCAGUGUCGCUUCAAGAAGUGUCUGGCCGUCGGCAUGUCCAGAGACGCCGUUAGAUUUGGUCGCAUCCCAAAAAGGGAAAAACAGAGAAUGCUGUUGGAGAUGCAGAACGCCAUGAACAAUAUGAUGAGCAGCAACAGCCAGCUGCACAGCAUGCUGCACGGCCACCAGAGCCCCGCGCUUCCCAUGGAGGCCAUGACCAGCGACGCCAGCUCGUCUUCGUCCUCCUCCUCCUCCUCCUCCUCCUCUGCUUCCAACUCUCCAUCGUGUUCCAACCCCUCCUCCCCACAGUGUCCCCAGGACUCGGAGUCUGUGGUUUCCAUGGACACCAACUCCAGCUCUGCCUCCUCCUGUGCGGACAGCAGCGAGGACGAGGCUGUCGUCACGGUGAGCAGGCAGCACCAAGAUGCCUUCGCGUUCAGCCAGCAGAGAUCGCCGAGACAAGGCCAGGCCUCAUCCUCACCGGCCACGGUUGCCUCGGAGACCGGGUGUGACAACCGCAUGGAGGAGCAGCAGGAGAACUGGAACUGCUGGAACAACAACGUGGACGUGGGAGGGUACCAGCACGGUUCCUACAGCGGUGGCCAACACACUGCUAACUCUGCUUAUAGGGAGGAGAGGGAAGUUUACCAGCUCAACAGCGCCCCUAGCUGUGAACCAUCAGAAAGCAGCCAAAGACAACAAGACAUCAACAGACAAACUGCCUCAAGUGGUUAUAAUGGACCAAGCAGCUGUGGGACCAGUAGAGCACACCUGGUCUGCCCGAUGAACACGUCACCGUACGUGGACCCCCGCAAGCCCAGCCAGGAGAUCUGGGAGGAGUUUUCCAUGAGCUUCACCCCCGCCGUGCGAGAGGUGGUCGAGUUCGCCAAGAGGAUCCCAGGCUUCCGCGACCUCUCCGAGCACGACCAAGUGAGCCUGCUGAAGGCUGGAACGUUUGAGGUGCUGAUGGUCCGGUUCGCCUCUCUGUUCAACGUGGCUGAGCGGACGGUGACCUUCCUGAGCGGGAAGCGCUACAGCCUCGACACGCUGCGGUCGCUGGGCGCCGGCGAGCUGCUCAACUCCAUGUGCGAGUUCAGUGAGAAGCUGGCAGCUCUGCGGCUCGACUCAGACGAAAUGAGCCUCUUCACCGCCGUGGUGCUCGUCUCAGCCGAUCGCUCAGGGAUCCAGGACCUGAACUCCGUGGAGGCCUUGCAGGACAAACUGAUCCGGGCGCUGCGAAACCUGGUGAUGCAGAACCACAGCGACGAGUCCGCCACCACGUUCACCAAGCUGCUGCUCAAACUGCCUGAGCUCCGUUCACUCAACAACAUGCACUCGGAGGAGCUGCUCUCUUUCAAAGUGCACCCUUGAAGGCUUCCUUAGGGGGUACGGCGGUGCCCUCCACCUCCUCCACACACCUCCACCUCCACCAGUACCUGCCUCUGACUGCCCCCUCGCGUCCUGUAUUCGACCAACCCAUUUGAGUGUUUGUUUCUAGACUGUGUAAAAAGUUAUUUUUUAUUCUAUUUUUGUUAAGUAGGCCACGUGGGGUCUGAAGAGAGAACAAUAUAAAACGUACUGUAUUUAUAGAUGAGAUCGCUUACGCUUGUUGCACACAAACACACAAGUGCACGUGUGUCAGAGCUUUUUAGUUUUGCAGUUGGAUGCAUUUUUCUAUUUUCAAGAAGAAGAAGAAGAGUAUGUAAGUGGCUUCAUGAAACUACAGAAUCGAAAUCAGUCAGUCAGUGAUUUUAAUUCGAUUUUUUUCUUUUGAUGUUUAACAUUUGUUUCCAAAAGCCAUUUAAUUCCAAAGUGUAUUCUCUGCUGAGUGAAUGAAUGUGAGAGACAACAUAUACUGUACCUUACACACGUCUGUUUGGUCCAAUGCUUUGACUGAACGUGUUCGGCGAGGAAGGCAAGCUAACAGAAAAUGUAUUGAAGAAUGUGUGACGAUCGCUGCUAACGUAUGGCUGUAGUUACUGCAAACACCUAAACAAGUCUUGUUUGGAUCUUCUCCCCUUGCCUCAGAAAGCAUCAGUUCAUUGUCUCGAUGUAAAUAGUGUCGUGUAUCUUUUCUUUUAUUUAAUUUUCUUUUCGUGUCCACGGCAACUGCCUAAACACUGCCUGGUGAUUUCUGGGGGAGUCGAUGACGCCAUUUAAACACUACAUUUGCACAACUUCUGGAGCAGAAAACCCAAGUACCGCUAAAUCCACAACUAGUGUGACACACCAUCAUGUAGAGGUUUCAUGUAAAUGUAAUUACAACAGUGUUUUUGCCAUUUUCCCACUUCUUGGUUUUUACUUUUUGUUUUUUUUGUAAAUCAAACUGUGUGUUUUCAGCAUAGCACUGAAUCUUGACACUUGUUUUUUGUCAUGAUGUUGAAAUAUCGGUUUCUUCUACUGGCAAAACUGCCACAUGUAAAUAUCUAUAUAAAUAUAUAUAUAUAUAAAUAUAUGAUGAACAUAGAAUAUAAAUAUGAUAUAGUAUGAAUAAAAGCAAGUGAAGUAUA